AAAUCUUCCAACCCCCUCUCUCUCAGAUCUCCCAUCGAGAUCCCCAAAAACAAAUAAAAAGUUAAAUAGUAAGUGAGCAAUGGAGAAAUUUGGGGAUUUGGGCGUCGCCCCGUUUGUAGUGAAAACUUAUAAGAUGGUUAGCGAUCCUGAGACAGAUGCGAUCAUAUGCUGGGGGAGAGAGAGCAAUAGCUUUGUUGUGGCUGAUCCUUUUGCUUUCUCUCAGUCUCUUUUGCCUGCUCACUUCAAGCACAGCAAUUUCUCCAGUUUCGUUCGCCAGCUCAAUACUUAUGGAUUUCGCAAGGUAGACCCCGACAAAUGGGAAUUCGCCCACGCCUCCUUCCUCAAAGGCCAAACCCACCUGCUCCGCCACAUCGUCCGACGAGCCCCCGUCACCUCGUCGUCCUCCUCCUCCUCCAAGAAAGCCACCGACCCCUAUGAAAUUGACGACGGCAUAAUCCUCGACCUCCUCACCCUAAAACAACAGCAGAGCUCUAUCGACGAGAAGGUACAGAAAAUGUGGAGCAGACUUCAGGAAACAGAGAGGAAACCGAAGCAGAUGCUCGCAUUUCUUAUGAAGGUUGUUAGGGAUCCGACGAUGGUGGAGAGAUCGACGGCGAGGAAGAGGGCGAGGCUGAGAUUGGAGGAGGCCAGGGAUGACGUGUUGGCGUUGAAGGUGGAGGAUUUGGGGGGCGUUGAUGGGUUUGGGGCUGAUGGGAUUUUUUCGGCGACGCUGGAGGAAUUGCUGGGGUUGGGUGAUGGGGACGAGUUUUAGUCGGGGAUGCUUUCGUUGUGCGUGUUCUGGCUGGUUUCGUUGGUGUUGCAUGGUGUCAUGGUGUUGGGUACUUAAGGUAUUGUGCAGAGCCCACUGUACGUUCUAGAAUCUGUAAAGAGUAACCUUAGCUGAGUCGGAUGUAUAUAUUUUUUUUCUAACCUUUUUCCCUAGAGUUAAUUGUUACUUUCUUGGGAGUCAUAUUGCUAAUAAGGGUAAAGAGUUGCGACUUUGGAGUCUCA